AUGAGGACAUCUAGGCCCCGGAGCUCAGCUAUUAAUACAUUCCAGUCUGACGGGAACAAAAUGUCCUCACCUCCUGACCCAUCUUUCUGUGCUGUGAUUCGCCCGGGCAGGGAGAAGUUGCCAACUGCAGUCGUAAGCCGGUCCCUAAACUGGAUAUGUGGCAUGUUAUCUGCCAAGGUGAGCAAAAACGGCUAGGUGCCAGGCCGUGGGGCCAGGGAGGAGUUCAACGUGCUUUUUGAAGGAGCCAAGGAACUGGUUGGAUAAGGAACUGAACCGCAGGGAAGUGGUAUCAUCCAGACAGAGCGUUAGGGCAGGUGUCUCGAUCUGGAGGGGACGCGGGUGGCGCUGUGGGUUAAACCACAGAGCCUAGGACUUGCCAAUCAGAAGGUUGGCGGUUCGAAUCCCCGCGGCGGGGUGAGCUCCCAUUGCUCUGUCCCUGCUCCUGCCAACCUAGCAGUUUGAAAGCAUGUCAAAGUGCAAAUAGAUAAAGAGGUACCGCUCCGACGGGAAGGUAAAUGGCAUUUCCGUGCGCUGCUCUGGUUCGCCAGAAGCGGCUUAGUCAUGCUGGCCACAUGACCUGGAAGCUGUACGCCGGCUCCCUCGGCCGGUAAAGCGAGAUGAGCGCUGCAACCCCAGAAUCGGCCACGACUGGACCUAAUGGUCAGGGAUCCCUUUACCCUUUACCUAGAUCUGGAGAAUGUGCAGGAGGGUCUCCAAAUGCAACAGGACUGGAUUUCGAAAUAAACGAAACAAUGCCCUAUUACCUUCUAAAGCAGGUACUCCCAAUCUCGGACUGCCAGAUGUUUUGGGACUACAACUCCCAUCAUCCCUAGCUAACGGGACCAGUGGUCAGGGAUGAUGGGAAUUGUAGUUCCAAAACAUCUGGAGGGUCGAGUUUGGGGGUGCCUGUUCUAAGGGACCACAGGCUGGCAUCUAAAAUUACCCAGCAGCACAUCUGGAGGAAGAACCCAUAGUUUAAAACAAAGAAGAUCAUUUGGGACUUGGUGCUGUCUUCCCCACUCGCAACUGGAUUUAAUCUCCAAUAUCAGCCAUUAUUUCGGGGUCUUUGGAACAUUGUUAGAAUUGUUCAAAUGCCACUGCACAGCUAUAAGGGUUAGGAACUUCUCUUACACUUAAACAUGGAAAAUGGGAGAGUUGCACACAUCUCCAGGCUUGGCAAACAUUUGUUCGGGUACACAUGCAUGUCACUCCUGUGUAUAUUCUCAAGCAAACCUAACAUGAUGCACCACCAGCGUACUGAACUCGUGAGUUUAUGAGUUAAUGAAGAAAUGGGGUGGGGGGGAUAGAUUUUAAUUAAUUGAUUGAUUAAAUUAAAUUAAGCCUUCACUUAAGAAAAAUUGUGCAGUGACAUUUCUGGAAAUGAAAGAUGCGUUCCGCUCCACGUUUGUCCUGGGCUGCACAUUUAGGAUUGCUAUCUGCCUCUCUUACCACAGGUGUUUCACAGAUGUAUGUCAGACAAGCUGUGGAUGCUUCGAAGAGAGAGUUUAUUGUGGAAUCAUGCAGACUUCUUUCUAAGUGUCUGCACUUUGGGCAUCAAAAUGCAAGCCUUUCCCCCUAUUUAAUCCAGUAAAUUUAAAUUUAAUUUAAAUUUAAUUUAAUUUAAAUAAAUUCAAAUUUAAUAAAUGUAAGUAAAUUUAAAUAUAUUUAAACCUAGUAAAUUAUAACCAAAACCUGUUGCCAAUGGCUGGUUUACAAUCUCUCAGUGACCUUGCAAAUCAAGCCCCGAAAUGGAAGCAUCGCCUAGCCCAGGGGUCAGCAAACUUUUCAGCAGGGGCUGGUCCACUGUCCCUCAGACCUUGUGGGGGGCUGGACUAUAUGUUGCCAUGAUUAUGACCUGCAUUUUUGGCAAAAACCCUUACUAGGACCAACCCCAACGUUGCCCAAAUGUGAUUUUUUUUGAGGUGGGGGGUGUUCCCUCAUACACCCACGCUGCUUCCUUCUUUGUUUUAUGCGUUGACAGUGAUUAUUUCUCUCGUAAGGAGGGGUGGGGGGCUGAGGUGAGCGCGCCAUUCCCGUCAGCCCUGGAAAGUGUGGGCGCAUGUGUGGGCGAAUGGAAAAGCCGUUGGUCAUGCUCAAGCUCAAGCAAAAACGUUUUCCCCCCCGCGUGAGGGAAGAUGAGGCGGAGAUGGCAGCUAUUUACCUUUCCAUGGCUCACACCAUGUAGCUAACAAACGGUCUCCCUAGCAGAGCGCAUAACUGCUUUGGGGUGUAUUAUGUACUGAAGUUCUCACCCUGGGCCAACAGGGGGAUACUGUAGAUAGUUCAGGUCCACAUACGCAAAUAAAGGAUCUAAAGUGACGUUCAGUGAUUGGAUAGUUACAAAAAGUUGUUACUGUUACGUUGUACUGGAGCUCUAUAUAAGAAGGCUGGCUGAACCCUUCAGUUCAGUUCUGUUCUGGCCUCUGAAUAAACAAGAGCUAUUUGAAGAAUCGCUGUGUCGUCUGAUAUGUUCACCCACAACUUAACAGAGUGCAGCCGCCCAGGCGCUCCCCACUUCCUAUGGUGGGGAGCACAGACACCAGCAGGCGUCCCUGCCACCACAGCUGCCCUUCCUGAGGUCAGUUGCCAGCAGCUCCAUGGUGGAAAUGCGAACUGUGUCUCCUUUCCCCUCUUCCCCACCUUGGAAGAAAAGAUUGCUGCGUGCAUGCGCAAGGGAUGGAGAAGGGGCUUGUCUCAAGCAGCCGCCCGCCUCACUUUUGACCCCCAAGCUAGGCUGAGUCGCAAAAACCAUGGUGCGCACGCUAUGCAGGCUGCCUGGAUUCCCUGACCGUUCGCGGGCCGGAUCUAGAAGGCAAUUGGGCCUGAUCCGGCCCACGGGCCUUAGUUUCUGGACCUGCCCUUUGCACAGGCUCCAGGGCAAUGUGAAAAUGGGUGCUGAUGUGCAGCUUGGAAGGAACGGCGCGUAAUGUUUCUUUUGCUGUGCAUGUGGCAUCUUCUGCCAGAAACCUGCUGCUGCUGAACUCAGUGUAGCUCACUUCUGCAUAAACCUGUAUAGGAUUGCACUGGAAGAGCUGGAAUUACGGCCCCGUCUGCAAUACAACAACAACAACAACAACAACAACAACAAUAAUAAUACAUUUUUAUUUAUAUUCCGCCCUCCCCAGCCGAAGCCGGGCUCAGAGCGGCUAACAACAGUAAAAUGACGCAACAUUCUAAAAUCAUUUCAUAAUAAAAUCAAUUCAAAUCAGAUUAAUGGCAACCAUUGAGCUACAGUUCUGUGGGGAUUGCCAAAGGAGGGGGUCAGGCUGUGCCCUUGCCAAAGGCCUGGUGGAGCAGCUCUGUCUUGCAGGCCCUGCAGAAAGAUGUCAAGUCCCGCAGGGCCCUAGUCUCUUGGGACAGAGCGUUCCACCAGAUCGGGGCCAUGUCCGAAAAAGCCCUGGCUCUGGUUGAGGCCAGCCUAACCUCCCUGUGGCCUGGGACCUCCAAGAUGUUUUUGUUUGAAGACCAUAAGGUCCUAUGUGGGGCAUUCUAGGAGAGGCGGUCCCGUAGGUACGAGGGUCCUAGGCCGUAUAGGGCUUUAAAGGUUAAAACCAGCACCUUCAACCUGACCCUGUACUCCACCGGGAGCCAGUGUGGCUGGUAAAGCACUGGGUGAGUGUGACCCCGCAGCGAUUUAAUGCAGCACCACCCUGUUUUAAAUGGCCAUGGCUUCCUCCAAAGAACCCUGGGAAACGUAGUUCAUUGUGGGUGCUGAGAGAAAUAUUGUAAAAUUAAGGAAUCUUAGAAGGAUGUUGGAUAGAAACUAAGAGGUUUUUAGCUGUAAUGCUUUAAGAGAUAUGAAAAAAGGUUUGCAACUGGGUAAUUUUAAUGGUAAGGAUUUGCUGAACUAACAAAUUGAACUGGAAUACAAAAAAGGGAGGUAUGAGGAGGUCCGGGGAAAUAAGUAUAGGGAAGAUAGGUUAUGGAAAAUUAAUUUUUUUUUAACUGUUUUAUUUGGUAUGUUUCCUUUUAUUUUUUACUUUUUUUGGUUAUAUUUUAAAAAACUUUAUUCUUUUUCUUUCUGUAUUCUGUAUUUUUUGAAACUUUAAUAAAUAUCAUUAAAAAAAAAAAAGAGAGUUGUUCGUAGACCCCUAUUCCUACAGUGGUUUAACAAAAUCAAUCCUUCUUCCCAGGGGACCCUGGGAACUGUAGCUCUGGGAGGGGGCGCAGAGACGUCUCCAAACAACCCUCAGCACCCUUAGCAAACUACAGUUCUCGGGGUUGCUAAGCCAUGGCUGCUCCAAGUGGUAUAAUGAAAUUGCUUUAAAUGUGGAGCACUGUCGCAAAAUGUACCUACCAUACAUUUAAAAGAAAAAAACCCCCAAGAAUUCUGGGAACUGUAGUUUAAGGUUGCUGGGGAAGAAUUGUAGCCAUGCGAGGGGGCAAAGUGCAGGAUUCUUUUUUAUUUUUAUUUUUUGGGGGGAAUAAUACUUUAAAUGCAUGGUAAGCAUGUAGCCGCCAGCAAGAAUCAACACAUUUUUUUUUUACUAUUGGAAUACCAAUAAUACAGGUAAUAAUAAUGACAUAUACAACAGGUCCUAAUAACCUCUGGCUUGAGAAAUUUUUAUUAUAAUCCAAUAUGGCUACCUUCAAUAUAUAUAUAUACACACACAUACAUACUUUAAAAUAUAUAAGAAAAGGGCGUUCUAAAUCUCCUCAUAAAACUGGCAAAGCCGCCUCAGCAUUUUCUGACCCGCCCCCUUCCCGCCAACGGCUUUCCACCUGAAGCCCCGCCCCUCGCCCCGCCCCUCGCCCCUUGCACAUUGUAAACAAGCACAGCAGCGGCGUCCGCGUGAGCCUCCUCUGCACGUGUACCCGCUCUGGCGGAAGGCUGGCUGCCGGAGACCCAAUAGGGAGCGCGUCCCGCCAGCGCAGCCAAUGGGAGCGCGCCCGGGGCGCGUCCAGAGCACGCGGACGCUUGCAUGCUGCCGCCGAGCGCACCAAUCAGAGGCGGAAGGGGGCGGGGAGGCGAGGAGCGGCGAGGCCGGGGGAGGUGCGUCAUGGCCCCGGUGUCACGCGGGCCUGUGCAUGCUGCGGCGCCGUCUGGCCAAUGAGGCGCCGCGCGCAGCGGCGGGGCCGUGGAGGAGAGGCCAAUGAGGGGCGGGCGGUGGGCGGGGAGAGCGGCGGCGGCGGCGGCCAUUGGACGCGGCGGGCGGGAGCGGGUGGGGGGGCGUGGCAGGCCGGCGGCAGGCUCACGCGGACCGGUGCAUGGUGCUGAGGGACGCGCGCCCUUGGCAAGGCUCAGUUGGCAGAAGCCUUUAGACGGGACGGUGGGUCUGUGCGCUUGAGGUGAGUGAAUGAGGGGCGGAGGGCGCAUUCUCAAGGGGGGGGGCAGCCUGUGUGGGAAAUAAUAUUGUAAUAACAAUAAUGACAGUAAAAAUUAUAAUGUUGGUGGUGGGUGUUGUGGGCAGGCGGCUCACAAGCGGGCAGAGAAGGGGACUGGGAGGGGGAAAGGGGCGGUUGUGGAGGGCUGAGGGGGAAAGGAAUUCGGCUGGCUGGCUGUGAGUCCCUCUGGGUUACACUGAGUGAGAUAAGGGACUGACUAAACUCAACGUAUAUUUUUUUAAAAAUACAAAAUUCAGCCUGGGGAUGAGGGGCUGAUAAGGCGAGGGGUGUCCAGCGGGAUGGUUAAUGGAAGGAGGGGGAAAGCAGAGAGGGCUGGGAAAUAAGGGGAGGGGUCUUUGAGGGGAUUUCGAGAGCGGGGGUUUGCCGCCCUCGUUAAAAACUCCUGUGAAUCAAUAUUACAAGGCUGAGGGGGUUUUUUGGGUGGGGUUUCGAGGAGAGGGUUUUAGGUAUCGAGAGGGGAGGGGUGAAGAGGAUGAAAAGGCAGGAGGUUUGGGAAGGAGGGAGACUCCAGGGGGUUAGGGUUGGAGGUGGGUCGGGUUGUUGAAGGAGUGGGGUGUAGGAAUGGAGGGGCGAGUGGUUCGUGGGUGGGGAAAGAGCUUUGGGGAAGCAAUGCCACAUCGGGAGUUGGGGAGGGCGAGAGUGGCAGAGGGAGGAGCAGAAAGGAGGUGGGAGGGAAGCAGGAGGUUUAGGAUUAUGGGGUAUGGGGAGAGGGAGAAGAAGUGGGGUGGGAAGGGAAACAGGGAGGGACAGAGGAAGAAGUUGGAUGGGGAUGGGACAUGAGGAGCAAAAGAAAGGGGAAAGCAAAUAAAACGAGUGUGAAUAAAAAAAUAGAAGGGUGAUUUGAAACAGAGGCUCCAAUUACAGUAUAGGAUGGUGCCUGGGCAGGGAUUUAAAGGGGGAAUUUAUGUGGGUCAGCAACUUGACCUGACCACUGAUGUUGAGACUUAGCUGGGGACCCAAGUUUGAGAAACACUGCUUGAGAGCAAAGAAGAAACUUCUCUAACCUGACACUAGCUAGAUGUUGUGGACUACAAGUACCAUCAGCCCCAGCGUCAUACGGCUGGGCUGAUGGGAACUGUAGUCCAAAACAUCUAGAGGACACUGAGUUCGGGAAGGCUGGCAUAGAAAGAGUUGGGAAAGAGGUGAUUGUGGGCGUGUACUGAACAAAUCUUUGUGGGGAGGGCUGGUAGUCAUAGAAUCAUAGAAUUGUAGAGCUGGAAGGGACCCUGAGGAUCAUCUAGUCCAGCCCACUGCGGUGCAGGAAUAUGAAAGGUGUUUUUUUAAUUUAACUCUGGCUUCAACAGAUUUAGUGACUAAUUACAGCUAAUUCCCGGUUGUAAAUGUGUACUUCUUGAGCUGGUGUCCGUGAAGUGAUUCUCUGUUAUUUCAGUCUGAACAAAUUUGUUUUAUUUUAUUAACUUGUGUUCAAUAAAUAUAUCAAUAAAAUCCUUGUAUACUUUGUUUUACACUUCUGGUGACUUAUAUGAGAGAGAGAAAGAGAUUGAAUUGCGGGGAGGGUAUUGGUUUGAGGAAACAGUUGACUCCAGCAAAACACUCAGUGGGAGCCAUAAAAAGGUGUUCAGCACUGAAAUAAAGCAACAAGGAAGUAUUUGGCAAGAGAGUUCAAUGGCAAGAUAAAUAGGCAUACGUGAAUAGAGUGUCAGGGGUAGUAGUUGUUGGAAGCUUGCCAUUUGCGAGAUGAUGAGAGGAACACUAUCGGGUACUGGGAGAUGGGUCUGAAGUAGAGAGUGAGACUCUCAGGAUGGGAAAUGGGUGGGGUUUUACAGAACAAAAGUUAAGAUGAAGUCUUUGGCUAGGAAUGGCUUGCCAUGAAGCUUGAGGUGAUGCAAUGAAAUAAGGGCGGAACAGGAAGAUGCCAAGUUGCGCAGGAACAUGGCACUGAGAUGGGAACAUAGUUAUGCCAGAGCACUUAGGUGUAUCGCAGUCCGGUUGUGAAUACACGGCGCUUGGGCUUUCCUGUAUUGGUGAAAGGACAUGAAGUCCUAUGAGGCGUGUGUAAAAACUGAAGCAGCCUUUGUGAUGACGUUUCUGCUGCUUUGCGAGAUCUCGUAGAAGUAUCAGUAGCUUUUCCACCUUGGCCACUGUGUUUGGCUUAGCACAGAAGUCUCGAAAAGUCCCUCUUCCGUCUCUCCAAAAUGUUGAAAAACCUCUGAGCUGCUGACGUGCCAGAUAUUGUAAUCCUAACUGCCUUUCCUUUGAGCGAGUGGUCUGUUGUAGUCAAUUUUUCUUCUGAAUACCCUGAAAAAUAGCAUUAUCUGGAAGUGGGCAGGCAGACGUGCCUGCAUGCGUCUUUCGUAAGAACUCUGUGAUUAGGUAACUCUGCCAGCGCCAACCAAUACCCAGUACGAUACAGUUCCUCGGCAGCAGUUAUGUAAUAAGUGCUGAGAUGAAGGCGCACCUUGCAGAGAGCUGCAGGCUGCUUGGGGUUUUGUGUUCAUGUAAUAUUCCUUGGGAGGGUGAAUCAUUAUAUCAUCAAGCUUCACCUGUUUUCCUGUACAGUACUAAGGUUGUCCAACUGAGCACGAUCCCUGGGGUGCAGGAGGUGGCUGAAUAUGUAGUGAAAAAUUUGUCACAUGCACAUGCAAUGAGCUACCAGUUCUAUUAAAUACAGUAGUUUUCCUGUUUAGCAGAUGUAACUAGUAUGCAUUUGCAUGUAAAAUUAAACAAAAAAUAUUCUUGGCAAAAGUAAAAUUCAGAGCACAGGGGGGAAGCACAGCUCAGCCUGAUAACAGAGGAAGUAAGGUGCAAGGCAGAUCUAACUGGUGGGUAGCCAAAAGCCCACCAGUGAGAGAUCUUUAGAUUUAACUAAAUUUUAAGAUCUUCACUACUUGGCCAAAUCCAGCAGUCGGAGACCCAUGCAUUGCUUUAUACUGCUGGAUAUUUAUGUAUUCUUACAUCCCACUUUCAUGUGGGGUCCUCCCAAUAACUGAUCAGGUCCGUACCUGCAUAGCCUCCAGCAUGGCUGCCAUCUCUGAUUCUCCCAUACCUUUCAGUGAGCCCCAAGUCCUCAAUGCUUUUUCUUGCUCUGCAGUUCAGAGAGAGCUGUAGGUGGUGAGCAAAUAAGAGCUGAGAUUGUCUUCUGGGAAUAUUCCUCACGCUUAUAUCUUCUGGAAGUGAAAAUUGGGCAGGAGCUGGUUUGUGGCUCUUGCUUGAUGAAACCUUCAGCCAGUUUGAGCAGAGGAGAUGUCUGAACUUCCAGCUACCCUCAGAACAUUCUUCACUGUGGAUUUCCUCCCCUCCCAUGUUUUACUAGUAGGUUUCUUUGAAGAUUGAAGUAUUCAGAUAUUGCCGUUCACUAGCAGAGCAUUGGGGUUUUAUGAUUUGACUUUGAGGUCGAAAAAUAACAAAUCCAGCAAAAGAGAGAAUAACCCCCGCCCAUAAAUCCUUUAGAAGAGACUGCUGCACUGCAGGGCUCCUUCCGUCCCUUUCUCCUGCUGCGUGGCAGAGGCUUUAUUGUUGAUGUUCUGCUGCUGCUUUCUCCUCUGAAGCAGUCAAGGCACUUCAGUGGAAGAAGGCAGAGGAUUUAAAUCCCUCCUCCAAAGAGCCGGUGGGAAGAGCUUUCUGGCAGAGCAGGAUGGUGUCUCUGAAUGCUAUUUCUGCUUCCCCUCUAUUCCCCUCUACAUUUUGCUUAAAAGGAUGAUUGUUUGAGGCUGAUGUUUUCUUCCUUUCUGACAUGCCCUUUUGCAGUGAGUCUCUCCCCCCCUUUCAUCUUUUUAAACACCUUUUUAAAACGAAGUUGAUUAAGAAAACACACACAUGCAUCCCAUCAUUAUUCUGAAAGUGUCGUGAGCUUCUUGCUGCUUCCACACUAAAAGCUGUAUUUAUCUCUCAAAUAACUGCCCCCCCCAAGAGAAUACCCAGGAAUAUGAGAUUCCUUCAUCAUCAGAUGACCCAGAAAAUGAGUCAGAUGGAGUGGUGAGGUCUGACAAGUGCUGCUUUAUGUGGCGUGCUGCUGGGACAGGCAAAAUGUGCCACCAAAAGGGAACAGCUGAAGUGGAGCUUAACUCUUGACGGAGGGGAGCAAAGCGCAGCGGCCGGAUUACUGUGAGAACAUCCGAGUGCCAGGCAUCCCAGCAGGUCAAGGUCCCUUUUGCAGAAACGAUUAUAAUCAGCAGCCACUAACCCCAGAUUUAAACGUCAGCUGUGUUCCGAAAGAAGGAACGGCAAACAUCCUGGCCUGAAAACAGCUUUGCUAGCUUCACAGGUUCCUGCAGGCGAUAGUUCCUUCCAAGAAGUUGACCCAGUUGGAGUUGCUUGAUUCUCUCAGUACUGUUUAAAAGUUAGGCUGGAACAGGGAACUGGAAGGGACUUCAUCCAGAUGAGACUGCCCAGUGAGUGAAACUCCAAAGGGCAUCUUCAUAAGCCAUCCAAAACAAGUAUGAAUGCCAGGAGCUGGGCACGGAGGACAGAAUAUCCAUUGUCAAAGCUAAAUAGCUGGUAGCAAAAGCCAAACUUGCUCUGCUUUCGCUGCUACAGACUUCAGACUUCAUUUGGGACAGCUAGCCUUGAACCAGUCAGAGUCCUGUGUGGUGGAAAAAGCUCUGCUGGUGGCCAGAAACAGGCGGUACUUUGGGUGGGUGGGAUUACGUAUAUUCCUGCUGACUUCAGAGGUUUGUACUUCCAGCUGAUAGAAUCACAGAAAACCCCUCCCUCGCCUCCCCCCACUUCAGCAGCGGGUGUACAGUAGGGGAAAGGCUAUUGGGAAGGUUGGGUGUGGAGCAGCAAUGACUGCUCCUGGGUGCGAGUUCUUGGGCGGGGCUUCCAAUCUCGGAGUGUUGAUCCACGUGCAGGCUGCGAUUUCCCAGCAUUUCUCACUGCCCCGGCUGAAGCUCUGCCCCAGUUUUGCUGAGCUGUUCUGGGACACUGUGUCUCAAUCAGACUCUGUACAUUUGGGCGAGGCACUCAUGUAGAAGCAGGCUGUCUGCUGCUGGCACACGGGCUUUGGAGAGGCUGGGUGCAUCCAGCAGGGGGCGGCAUAUUCCCAAAACUGGAGAAACCAGAAGCACGACAAAUUGGGUGGACGGUUCUGUUUUGGAGUCUUAACUGUUGAAAGUCCAGUGGUAUAAAAAGAUCAUAAGACUGGUUGUUCCUGCAAUGUAACAUAAUAGAUUGUGUCCAGCUGAGUUCUCCUCAGAAUAGACCCAGUGAAAUAAAUGGAUCUAAGUUAGUCAUGUCAUAUACUUUUGACGAUGACUAACCCAGUGCUUUUAUCCUUUGUUUCUCAAAAUUUGGUCUCCAGUUGUUAUUGGACUACAGCUUCCAUAAUCCGUGACCGCUGGUCCUGCUAGUUAGGGAUGAUGGGAGUUGCAGUCCAACAAAAGCUGGAGACCAAAGUUGGAGAAGUGUCCGGAAUUUAAUGUGGCAUUUGGCUUGGUUGCCCCACGGAGUGAAGUUCCUCUGUUUGCUGCUCAGUGAUGCAUUGUAGAUACAGAUACCCCUUUGGAAAUUGGAGUGGGUGAAGAGAUGAUAUUCUGUCCCCCCAAAAUCUAUCCAGACAGGGUGCAAUUAAUUCUGGGGUGCCCAUCUGUGCAGGCAAAGCCCCUGCCAGUUUCCUUUGCUUCUGUGACUCAUAGGAAAUGUUUUGCUCCUUGCACUGUCACUGCUUUCAUUAUAUCGCUCCUCUUUGUUUGGAUACGAAAUUAUCAUGUUGCUGCAGGCGGCGGCAGGGAGGAGCUGUCAGUUCCUUGAACUUGUGGAGUGAGCCAAAAGAACACAAUGUUCCCUUCUGCCUUUUAUAGGCUGCCGCCUCUGCUCUGGAAAUUCGCUGUGUGGAAAUAACCCUCGGCUAUGCGGCAAGGGGGAGGAGCUUCUGUGAGAUGGCUCCUCCCCCUCGCAGCAGCUGCUCUUUCCAGCUGCCUUGUGAGCUUGGCUGGGGAGUGUUACAUAAGAGCUUUGAAGGAGAGAGGAGCGACAUGAUGGCCGACCAUCAGGCUGGAUCAGAUGACCUGGUUAUGGAAAGAAUUUGGCCCACACUUGCUGGAAGGGAGUUCCGCUUGCUCUUAUUACAGCUGACAGCCUGCCAGGCUGAGGCGGCAAAGGGCAGAGACAGAGAGAGCUGUGUGAGGGAGCAAAGCAGAAUUGCAGCCUUGGAUGUGAGAAGGGACCAGCCGACCUUCCCUUUGCAAGUAGCCCCAGGACCUCUCAGCAUGUUGUGUUUUUAGUUGAAGAUUUGCAAGCUGCAGUUUCUACCUCCCAUGCUUCACUCUUGAGGGGAAGUUUGACUUAAAUAUGUUGACCAGGAGUAAAGAUUCCUUUGUUCAGGUAUCCUUAUAGCUGAUGUUUUGGGGAGCUCAGGACCAGGACUUGUGGUCCUUUGGCCACAUGUUCCUGAGACAGGGAAGAGGGGAAGGGACAAGUGUGGGAAAAUCCUGGGGCAAAGGGGCACGAGCUUGAGGAAGGCUACGUUAAGCAGGAUGGGUUACUGUAUCUGCUGUCCUGUUUAACUAAGUGUUAUUGCUGCACAUAUGCAAUAGUUCCCUCUAGUGGCAGUUAAAUGAUUAAUCACAACAUGCAUUCCAGUGCACUUCAAAGUUGCUCAAUUAGUGCCAAUGCAUAUUUUAUAGGGAACUCAAUGGCUUUAUUAUUGACACUGUAAAACAAAGACAUAUCUGCAUAAUUAGUCAAGGCAGCCUUUCAAAUAGGUCAACACAAGUUACUAGCCAAUGCAAUUUUCUGUUAGCCCAUCUCUCAAAACAUCCCUGUGUGAGUAAUUUUGUGUGCUGAAAUGGGGUGAAAGGCACUUUCCUUAUCUGGGCUCCCAGAAGGACUUCAUAUUUAAACUCCGGUUUACCUGUAUCUGUAAAGGGAAGAAAAGUCCACUAUCCCUUCCAUUCUCCACCUCAGCCUUCAUGUGACCCUCUUUUUGACUCAUUCAGGAGCCAAGCCAUUCUGUUCCUACACUGCAGGGUCCGUCCGUCGUCCCCCCAGCUGAACCCCUGGCUUGCACUUUUGUUUCAAGUGGGCUCAUGUGUGGUAAUCAUUAUACAGCAGUCAUUUCCUCCCUGUUCCGUUCAGUGGUUUGCUGAAUCAGUCUCUCUUGUUCCUCUUACAGGCAGCUGCAUUAAAGGGCUUCCUGAUUCUGAAUAGCUUUUCCCUGAUUGCAGCUGAGCACAGCCUUUUUCUUAUACUUCCCGGUAGGGUUUUUUUUUUAACCCCAGCCAACUCUCCUGGAUAUUUGGGGCAUGUGUUACUGGCUGCAAUAGAGAGGCUGGACAAAUAAAGACCGAGUGGCUCCUGUACUUUUAAUAGUUGUGUAGAAGAGGAGAAUUUCCUCCCCUCCUGGCCAGCCUAGGGUGCAGCCUUUGUUCAACUAAUAGUCAUUCAGUAAUCCAAGUCCAAGGCACUGGAAACGGGAGGUGUAUGUAGGCAAAAAUACAUAGGGUUCAAAUGGACGUUGAAAAACAUGUAAUCUGACAAGAUACCUUUCAGUGAGGUAAAGUAAUUUCAAGCCUAUUUUGCCUCUUCCACUUUAUAUGAUUAAUAUGAAAACAUUUUCCCAGUAGACGCAAAAUCCCCUUAAUGUUAUAUCUGCCCAAGAAACCCAACAUAAAGAUUAAAUGAGGCACCCAGGGAUGUGUUAAGAUGAGGGAAAAUCAGUACUUGUUUGGUGGGCACUGAUAAUUUUUUGUUAAGAGACACCUACAGUCUUCACAGAAUAGUAAUUGUCUCAAAUGUAGGGAUUGGUGGAGCAGAAAUUGCACAGGCAGCUAAGCCUGUGCAAUUAUACAGGGUAGCCAUGGGCAAACUUAAUUACUACUUCUGCAGGGUGCUGUGGAGAGCAAAAAGUCAGAAGUCUGACUUCUCUUCAUCCUGGCUCCCCACCAGUCUGUUGGAAGCUUGUUAUAAUACCCAUGUUUUCCAUCCUCUUUGACAUAUAGAGCAUGUGAGCACUGUGAAACUGAGCAGCGAUUUUAUCUCCGUUUAUGUUUUUUCAAUUCUGGGUUUCUCUCUCUCUACCUGAUGAAGAGUUCUGUGAAAUCUGAAACACUGCAGCAAGGGACAGAAAUGUGUAUAUCCGCCUUUUAAAACUUUUUAUUUUGUAGUACAUUUUUUCCUAAAUGAUUUCAAGAUUCAGUGGGCUUAUUAUGGAGCAGAAAUGCAAUUUCCCCCAGAAUAGCCCUAGGGAUAAAAAAAUAUUUAUUAUUAAAUUUAUAUCCUGCCCUUCCUCCCAAAGGGGCCCAGGCUGGCAAACAACAAGCAAUAAAACAAUAAAGCAUUAAAAUCAUCUUUAAAAUCCCCACCUUGGCAGAUUUUGCAGAGUACGUUUCCUCUGGUCAGUCUAGUUCCCCUCUUCAGCAGUUGGUAAUGCCUUCCUUUGAAUGAGUGGCUACGCAGGAGGGCUUUCCAUCCACCCAGUAAGAAAGAGGUCAGCGAGAGGCCCAGGGCACUCGUGGGUGCGCAUUAGAGGACCAAUGGAGAGUGCAAUUACCGCUGGCGCUUUGUGGCUUCGGGCGUAAGGAAUGAGAGAAUAGAGAGAGGGAGCCAUUGGGGGUCCCACUGUUCAGGAUUACAAAAGGCGGCUACAAUGCCAGGCAGAGGUCCUUUGUUCGGAGAGCAUAACGCUGAUGCUUGUGUGUGUUUGUUCCUUUGUAUCCGGAGGGGGAAACGGGCCACCAGAGGCCUGCUUUGCUCCCUUCCUGACCAUGUGUCGACGCAAGAAUGGAUAAUUCAGGCUAAACAAAGGCGAGUGGAAAAUUACAUCCGCUGAGCCUUUAUCUCCCUGGCUGCAGCUGGAGACCUGCGGGGUGGUGCUGUGUGUUUUACGGUGCCUGGGUUGAAGCUUUCAGGCUAAAGACGCUGGAAAAAUGUAAGAGACCUCUUUAGAGUGCUAGUCGGAACAGACAUGUAUGACGUGUAAAAAAGCUCUUAUUGAAUGGCCAACAUUGUGUAUGCUGAUGUCACACCCACUGGUGUUCCAUGUGUUCAUGCCCACCAGUUUUCCGUAUGGAAGAGAGCCCAGGCACUGAGUCUCUCUAGCGCAGGCUUUGCCAACCUGGCACCCUCAUUGGCAAAGGCUUCCCUGGGGCAAUAAAACAGCUGUCAGUGAUCCAGUAGCACUGCACUGGGCCAGAGCUCUGUGUACGAAUGGCACAUGUUGAGCCUAUGUGUCUACAGGUUGCCCCUGUUGUUUCCAGUGUGGGGUAGGGGGAGUUCCACACCUGCACAAACGGAACACAAACUUCAAAAACAAACUUACCGUUUUCAUUCAAUAGCAACAUUUUAGGGCUUUAGCUGGCAACUGUGUUGCAUGUAGUUAAGAGACAAAAGCAUUCUGAUUUAUGCUUCUCCCCAUAUCUCAACCCAAGGAAAUCACUUAUAUAGGCUGGGGGGUGACCCUCCCCCCAGCCCAUGAAUAGUUCAGGUCCCUCUCUGAAUUUUAGCUUUCAGUUUUGAAUAGUCUUUAGCAACUUUACUGCAGGGAUGAUUCUGGCAAAAAGUUCAUUAAGCACUUAAACUGCCUCCACCUUCCUGGCCAGUGAAUGCAAAAGCUGCAGGACAACUGAGAAAGUACCAAGUCCCCAUUUUUACUUUUUUGCAAUAAUAUAUUUAUUGAUUAGGCUACCUGCAUUUAUUUUCUGGGCAUUCUGCAAUAAUUCUUUGCACCCCUUUAGUCCUCCCACUGCAACUUGUUUCUGCCUGCCAACGUCCUCUUGCAGCGCCCUUUUAAUACCCAAACCUUGUAGGCGCAGCACUAAUACAAGCACAUUCAGGCAGCUCUCCCGGGUGGCAUAACAAUUACGCAAAAUAAACUAUUACAUAACAUACAAAUCAAGGCAUCAGUAUACAGUACAGGAACAUGAGCAGGAGACACCCUGUCCAGAAAUAUUCGAGAACAGAAAAAAAACCAUAAAGUUUUUUUUAAAGCAACUAUUUAGACACAGAAAUUAUUACGCUAGUUGCUUUCCAUUGUUGGCAAAAAGGAUGUGAGAUUGUUUCACGAGAGUUUUCAGGGCAGCAAGGGGCAGAGUUAUGUCAAGCUUGGAUAUAGCUGCUCUCCUUGCUUGCUCGUGGUGAAGAAGAGUCUGCUCCAGGUGACUAGGUAUGGCAGAUUGCGUUCUUUUAUUUUUUUGCUCGUAACAGCUGUAAAUAAGCAGGCUUAUUUGUGGGUGAGCAGGCUAGUAAAUCUAGUAACAUUGGUUGAAUGUUCAGUGGUACUUACCGAAUUUUCUGCCUGCCAGAGAGCUAUGGGAGGCAUAGGAGCCACAAUAGCCCAUUUCAAGUUUCAGGGAGCAAGGGGUGCAUUUUAAGCUGUACAGUACUAUGAAUCCUUGGUUGAUAGCCAAAACAAGAGGCAUAUUGGAGAUGAAGGGGGGGGGGGGAGGAAGAACCUGGCAGCCUUUCUGUUUUGCAUGUUAUCUGCUAACAAAAUACUGAUCCCUCUGGCAGCUGGCAGGCUGCCUGGGGCAGAAAAAGGCAUCCGCUGCAGUGGCCUUAUCACCAGAAAGUAAGGAAGCAUGAUGGCCAGAUAAUACAGCCAGAGUCAAUAUUUUAUGUGCCCCAUGCUGGCUUCCAGCAGUUGUGCCCAGCGCCUCACUGCACCAGGUGUUUGUGCUACUAAACUGAAAGGCAAUAAUAUUUGUUGUGAUGAAUUAUGAGGUUCUGUUUUAUCUUCUUUCUUAUUUGAGUUUUUUAAAAAAAUAAUGUUUUAUUUGCACAUUUAACAAAUGGGAAAGGGAAAAGAGGGUUAUAAAUAAAAUAAAAUUUAGAAAAGGAAUAUUUGCUGUUUGAAUUGUGAAUGUAAACCUUCUGCCCCUUCAUGUGAGUUUUGAGUUUCCUUCCGAUUCCACAAAAAUUGGAACACCCUUUGAAUAUUGAAAGUCCAGGUGAAACAACUUGGCACUGAGCAUCAGCUGGGCACGGAAAUGUAAUGUUACCCACUCAGCACUCUGUAAGUGAAGGGAGAGGCCUCAGGGCUGGGUCCAUCUGGCCCUUAGCCCUAUCUUUCUGGCCCUCAGUACUCUUCCCAGGCCAUACUCAGGGAUACCAUAGCUAGCGGCUUGGGGCGGCACAUGCGCCCUGCACAUGCGUGCUGCACAUGGGGGGAUGAGACACCUGCAGGGGCAGGGCGAGGUGCUGUAGGACGAGGCAGGGCAUGCCAGAAUCCCAGUGCCCGAGACCCGUUCCACUCUGGCACCCUGCAGGCCCAAGUUGCUUUUUUCAGCUGUGUGGAGCCUGGAGGUGCCCUAGCCAUUGCAUCACACCCAGGAGAGAUGUGGGGCCCAGUACCCCCCCCGCCGCACCUCUGGCCACACCUCUCCUCAGCACCCUCCUUGAAUGCUUUGGCUUGGCUGAAACGAUCUUUGAGUCUUUCCCUUGGGUGGGUGGAAAGUUAUGUGCAUGAUUGUGCACAACGAACUUUGUGUGGCUGCAACGUAGCCUGCUGCACAAAAGGUGCGAGAGCCACACUUCAUUUCUCAUGCUUUUUUUUUUUUGCCUGUGGCUCCGCCCGCCAUGGGGGCUCCAAAACAAAAAGGGGAACAGCAAUGGAAAAGCAGGCAGGCACAGAAUAGGCCCGGAGCUUGGUGCCAGCAUGACAACGAAGAGCUGAUUCAGGAAGUGCUAUUGAGUGCUUUAAUUUGUGUGCAUGGUCCUAAAUAGCAACCGACCCGCAUGGUAGCUCAGCGCCUUCAAAUAGACUCUUUACGCUGGGGCUGAGCAUCCGUCUUCCGGCCCUUACUGGCAUUUAUUUGCGCUCUAAUCUCCCCCACCCCUUUCCCCAAGCACAGUCCCUGGAUGAAUGACAAACCCGUUGCUGGUGAUUAUGCAGUCAGAAUUCUGUGGCCCCAUUGGCUCUGCCAGCCAGCCAAUGGCAUCCUCCCAGGCCCUGCUGGUAGCAGCACCUCGGUACACGUGCGGAGUGUUUAACUGGGUUGCUGACAUCACUGGGCUCCUGGCCACAGCUACUCCGCCUGCCUGCCUGCCUGGUUACACAGUGGGCUGCUACAGACUCUGCUGAGAAGGGAAGGCUAACCAGGCUCUGCUGCCCACAGUGUGCCGUGCUGCCACAACUCAGCUGUGCUCCCCGCUCUGCUCUCUGGAGGAGGGUCAGCCGUAGGAUGUGUUGCGUCAGCAGCGGAGUCGCCAGGGGCUGGUCAAGGGUAACAGGAGAGCAGUUUUCCCCGUCCCAGGCUUGUGUCGGCUAAUAGCUCCAAAGAAGCAGGACCUUCUAACUUGCACCACUGGUGAGUAACUUAAAAGGGUGGCAUAUACAUAAUGAGUUGUUAUUUGUUGUUAUUAUUACUAUUAGCGAUACCGGGCAUGCUCCCCCCCACUUUAAACCGCCUUCUCAAAGGGGUUUCCUUCUACUCUUUCCCUGCACUGCUUGGCAAAGUCUAGGCACUGCCCUGGCAGCUCCAGUGUGAUGACGGCAGCGGCUGCUCCCACGGCUCCAUCACGUGGGGCUCUUCGGGAACGGAAUGUUCUCUCUGUGUUUUCUUUCGAAAGAGGCUUCGUAAUGUGGCUGGCAGUGGGGGCGGGGAAGGGAAGAGGAACACGGGCUGCACACGCUUUGGCAUGUGCUUGAGGCGGAAGGGGGAGUGUCUUCCUUUCUCUUUCUCUCUGCAAGACAGGGAAUUUCUGGGCAACUUUGUGGGAGGCUGCAGUAGGACAGUCUUUCUAGGCGCCUGGUGGCUCUGCAAUUGCCUCUCUCCUGUUCUAUGUGUGCCACAGCGAAGGGUGUGAGCUUGGGCAGAUUUCUAGACUGCAGAUGAGGAGGGUAGGGUGGGGGUAUUGGAAGGAACGGCUUUUCUGCAUGCCUCUUGGGUGUGUGUGUGUGCCUGUCUGCUGUUUUUCCAGCUGAUGGAAACCCCCACUUGAAAGCAAGGGGCCAACCUGUAAGCCAGCAAUUUCUGAUUUCUUCCUUUUUUUUGCAUGGUUGGGGGAGCAGGGAGGAAAAGAGAGAGAGAGGGUUUGUGGGAAGUUGGGAGGAGAAAAUGGGUAUUUGGGUCACUUAAUACAAGGGGGAAAGGGUGUGUGUGGGGACCAUGAUAUCUCAAAUGGGACUGUCUCUGCAUUGGUGCUUGCUUAUGGGUUUCACUGCUACCACAGUCUUGAAACCCCUUGCAGGAGUUUCUGCAAAGUCCUGAUGACUGCUUAGCUUGGGAGUGGCUUUGUGGGAUAGGCAGUCUCCAAGGGUGUGUGGCUUGUACACUGCCACUUUCCUUGCCUCUGACGUCAGCGUAGCUUGCUUUGAUAUGCAAGCGCUCUUGUUUUUGAAACUUCGUGAUUUGAACCAUAAACCCCUUUUUAAAAAAUUACUCAGUCAACCUUACUGCUACUUGCAGCAUCUAUUUUUAUUUCGUUUGGCAAAUUGGAUAUAACAGCAAACCGCAGGCGUUUGCAGCAUUGUUUUGGCAUGGACCACACUGUGCAAAUCUUUUAUUGGCAUGGCACCAGAGCUGAUCCCACAAUGGCCACAUGCUUAGAUACACUUUCUCCCAGCCACUUCCAAAUCAGUUUCGUAAAUUGAAGAGCCGUGUGCAUCUACUGUCAUCCUAUGGGGCUGUAUUCUAGGGAAAUGUGUUUGGUCUCACUGUGUUAAGAUUACAUGUUUCACAGAGCUCUUAAUCAAGCACAGGAGCAAAGAGUUCUGUAAUGCUCAAAAGUUGGCACUUAAACCUGUAUUGGCCUUCUCCAGGUGUUCUGGGCAACAGCUCCCAUUAGCACCUCCCUGCUGGCUUAGAAUGGAGUCCAAAAGACCUGGAGGGCACCAGGUUGGGGGAAGGCUGACCUGUGUAAUCAUAGCCUCUUCUGGAUGUUCGUUGAGAUGCCAAACUUUGUGAUUCUGAAUCAUCAUCCCUAGUCACACCUUCAUUGGAACUAUGGGAGUUUUGUUGUUCUGAAAUUUAUGGGAUGUAAAGCUGUGACCUUGAGCACUGCUACUUAAAAUUAAGCCACGGUGGGGAACAUUUGCAAAGAACAUGAUUUUUAAAAAAAUGUGCGAAGAGGAAGCGGCUGGCAUAACUGCAUUUGUAAUCCUCCAACAUUUGCUUUAUUCAUCUGCCAGGACCCUGAGCUCUGGGUCCUGUGUUCCUGUGGUGACCCUAUGGAAUGUUGCACUCUUUGUUCCUAGGGUCUCAGGUUAUAGCAGAUGAAUAAUAAUAAUAGAAAAAAAGAUCACCACCUCCUUCUUUAUUUAGUAUGUUUUCCUUCUUCCUUUUAAAAAAUGCUUUCUCAAUCCAGGAUCGCUGACUAAAACCUCUGUUAGCAGAGAUGGUAGGAAAAUGCUGAUUAGAGCUGGUCUUUAAAACAGGAGCUUUCGCUUGGUUUUACCGACUUUAGGGAGAGUGGGGUGUGAAUCUCCCCUUUGUAAUUAAGACUAAAGAUAGCAAGCAUCCAAAAUUAGGAGAGCUAAAUAUAGUUUGGCUAAAGGACAUUAGCCAGCCUGGUAAAUGCACCUUCCUGAGUGCUAGAAGCCCUGGGGGGGGGGGAGAGCGGAGGACAUUCUAAAAAAGAAAUAGACCUCUGACUUAAAUAUGCACAAAAGAGCUUAGGUGCAAUGAAAUAUCUGCCACUGCUUAGUUGACUAAAAAUCUUACUUUGCUGCUGGGCGAAGGGAGCUACAGCUGUUGCUAUGCCAAUCCCUUUUGAAUGUUUCCAGUUGUGUCCAGGUGCUCUGUCCUGGAAUGUAGCAUGGUCAGAGGGGGCUAAAUUGUGCUGAUAAUAUGAUUAAAGCUUAGCUAACCCCAUAGAACUGAGGCAGUCUGAGCCACUGUGUGAUCAUUGUCUGUAGUAUUCUUUAAAAAAAUUAUCUGGGUGUUGCGUGUCAGUGUUCAUAAUUCUUCUCAGUCCCCGUCCCCACCAUGCUGCUCACUUUUUUGGAGGCAAGGACUGGUGAAGGUGGGAGUCAAACAGAGGAUACAGUUUCCAGACUCUGUUUAUGGUUUCUGAUCCCAGAUACAGGGGAAACAUUUGAUUAUGGAAUAAUUUUACAAAACAGUUAAAGCAUCCUUUCUCCUUUGCUACCAAGCUUAAACAAAAUGCCAUUGUAACCAAAAUUGGUUAAGGCAGAUGAACCCUUGUACACAUUCAUUAUCCACUACCACUGUUGUUGAUGGUGAUGUAGCACCAUUGAUGUUUAUUUAUGUUUUACAGGGAACAGAAGCAAAACCAACAGAUAUGUAAAAGCGAAGCAGUCCCUGCCCCAAAGAGAUUUACAUCUAGUGAUGCUUCCUCUGAGGCCACUCAGUGAGCUUCAUGAAUGAGGAAGGAUUUAGAACUUGUAUCUCCACUUAGAACCAGACCCAGCUUCUUCCCUGCCCAGUAGCCCUUCAAAGCCUCUUGUAUGAAUUAUUAUAUUUUAAAUGCCUGAAAACUAAUCCCUGGCAUUUUGUGCUUGGUGGAGGUUUGCCAUUCUUGAUUCUGUAGGGAAGGAAGGAUGUUCUGGGCCUUGGCUGCGCUUCCCCUUAGGCCUGGGCUUUCAUCUUGACUGUAUUUUCUUCUUUCCUUUCUCCUCUAAACUUUAUUUCCAGAAGGCAGCAAAGUUGGCACAAGGUCACAUAAGCCUUAAUUUCCCUGGAAGCCUAGAAAGCCACCCCACCCCGUGCUUGGAUAUCGUGACCUUUGUGAUUGAUGAGCACCACAGCAAUGGGUUGGGGCUGUGCGGAACAAACAAGGCAUGGGAUUUCCAGAUUGAAGAGGGGGGGUCAGAACUAGGAGGGGUGAAUGAAAGUGCUUUGAGAAACUCCUUGCCAUUUCUUAAUUAUCUAGGAGCACUAACCUGAAUAAGGGGUCUGUAAUGCUCUAGAGCACCUUCCUCCCCCCCCUCCAAGAAGGACCAUGGUGCUCAUCUAGCCACCAGAUGUUUACGUAUCCAAGCACCCGAGAGGCAGAGCUGCCUAGUUUAUAUAAAAGCAGAGAAGGGCUUCUGAUACUGGACCAGAUAAUCCUCUGUAAGCCCUAUUACUUAAUACUGUGUUUUGGUUUCAGGCUCAAAACAGCUGCCAUUUGACACUUACUCAGUAUCAUGGCAAAGAGAUCCCGCUACCUGGGGGAUCCACGCGGCAGAGGAGGCAAUCUGUGUGUAGCACAGUCUAGUAUAUUUGGUUCAGUAUAGAGAAGUGAUCCCACUCACUUUCCCUAACAUAGGCCUUAGAGGGUUGCUUUAUAUCUGACAUAGCUCUGAAUCCAGAUUUCUUGUUGAAUCAGUUUUUAUAACACUUUAUUUUGUCUCUCUCCCCCGCCUUCAAUAGGUGUCCCCUAAGACUCUCUCAACUCUGA